AUGUCAAGAAAUAAACCACUAUCAAAAGAAGAGAAACGACAACGAUUAAAAGCAUUAUUUAAUGAAACAAGAGAAGUUUACUUAAUAAAAGAAUUAGAAAAAAUAGCACCAAAAGAAAAAGGAAUUGUUAGUAAAACAGUAGAAGAAGUAUUAAAAGAACUUGUUGAUGAUGGAAUUGUUCAUUCAGAAAAGAUAGGAACAUCAGUAUAUUUUUGGGCAUUUCCAAGUGAAGAAUUUGUUAAUAAAAAAGUUGAAAGUGAAAAAAUAGAAAAAGAAAUAAUAGAAAAUCAAAAAAGAAUUAAAGAAUUUAAAGAAGAAAAUGAAAAAUUAAAAAGAGAACGAGGAGGAGAUGAAGGAAGAGAAAUAAAAGAAAAAGAAGUAGAAAUGUUAAGAGAAAGAAAAGAACAGAUUAUUAAAGAAUUAGAAAUUUAUAAAGAAAAUGAUCCAAAUAUGAUUAAACAAUUAAAAGAACAAGUUAAAAAAAGUAAAGAAGCAGCUAAUAGAUGGACAGAUGGUAUUUUUAUGAUUCAAAAAUAUGCAAAAGAUAAAGUAUCAGUUCCAAUUGAAGAAUUAAAUAAAGGACUUGGAAUUCCAAAUGAUUUAGAUUAUUUGGAUUAA